AUGGAUGAAGACGAUGAAAGGACUGAGGUUGAUGGCCAGCUGACAAUUGAAAGUAUAAAGUUAAUUUCUGAAUCCAUGGGCAUAUCUAAUCUCAAUGAGGAGGCGAUAAAUCUGCUCAUUGAUGAUGGGACAUAUCGAUUGAAACAACUCGCUCAGGUGAGUUUAGCGUCAUGUUUCUUUGCAUGCUUGCUCAACUAUCCUCUUUGGAAAAAUGUUCGGCGACUGGCGAAUAGAGAUAGAUCUUGAUCAACUUUUUGAACUUAAAUGUUCAGCUGGGUUAGCAUUUUGAAACUUGUUUUGAAAUUUGAAAAUUUGAUGUAAACGUUGUGUCAGGAACGAAGUUAAUUUGUCACCGACCAAAGAAGAGCUCAUAUCUACAUUGAAAUGAGGUUAUUGUUUCCUCUGUUCGUACGAUACUGGAACUGAAAGUAUGGCAGUCCUGAAAAAAUUACUUACUUCUAGUAUAUUUAUUGAGUACCUAAAGGGAAAAUCGCGAUGUAUUUUAACUCUUGCUUCAAAUCUUCAGGAGUCUGCUAAAUUUAUGCAACACUCGAAACGCAGGAAACUCAUCACUGGAGAUAUCGACAAUGCACUGCACGUGCAGAAUAUUGAGGUACGAUGCAUUUAACGUUGAUUGUUGAUAUGUUUUGGAGAUACGUACUGAAUAUAUUUAAACAGUGGUUGUGGCCAGCAGUCUUUGGAAUUGUUCCUAUUUAAAAUAACAAAUAGAUUACCAUGCGUCUGUCCAGUUAUAUAUCACAGAUGACUUAAAAAUUUGGUAUGAAAAUAAAGUGGUGCAUAAGGCAGCACUGAGUGUUUACUUAUGCUCUUACCACUUUUUUUAUGUCCUCUGUACUCUGUUACUGGGUAUUACCUCCAACAUGGAAUCUUUUUGUAAUUAUAAUAAUAAUAUUAAUUUGGUCUUUAGCCAGGGUAAACCCAUCAGCAAUUGCUGAUAUCAAUUUGGACAUUUGAUGCUACACUGGUUUGCAGAAACCCAUCGAAGAAGUUACAAUUCAAUUGCUGAUGAUCUAAACACUGCAACAAGAGGUUCUUUUAUAUGAUCACUAAUUAGCGGCCUUUUUUCCGACGAGGUGUAAAUAAGCGUCAGGAAGCAGGCCGCCAUCGUCACAAUUUAAAGGAGCUUAUUUACAGAAAAAAACAAUAAAAGGACUGAAUUGGGUCUAUGAAUAAAACAAAAAUCUGCAAACCAGACAUCAAAAUAUGUCUGAACCUGGUUCGUGUGAAUAUAUUAAACUGAAGUGAAUAAAACAAAAAUAAGACCAAAAUAUCAAUCAUAUUUAAAGAUAAUUAUGAAAAAUCUAAAUAUGUGUGUAGAUUGACUAGAAAUCAUUUCAAAAAAUUUUCCCAUUUUUUAUUUAAACAUUAAUAAUGACUUAAUUGAUUUUAAUUCAGGCAACAAAUCAUUGAAUGCUUUGGCCCCACAUAAAAACAAUCCUUUUUUGCACCACCUGAGAAUGACUAGAGAUACUAUAAUAGUUCUUAAAAAUUUCUUGUCCAUCAGACUUAAGACACUUAAAACAAACGUUAAUCUAUGUAUCAUACAUCAUGAAUAGAGGGUUUUCCAACCCAAAUGUUGAGUAAUGAAAUAUGCGUUUAUUGUUCAUGGUGGUGUAAGAUUGGAGAUGAACUUUGGUCGUUUGUCUCACGACAGUCACUUUUUGAUGUAGAUUGCAACGUCUCAACUGCAAUACUGCUAGUCUUCAUCAGGCAAUGAGGUCAAUUGUUUACAGGUCGCCAUUUGUAGCACGUUGGUACGCUGCCAUUGGUGCAUUUCGAUCUUCAUUAUUAUUCUGGUUGUUAGAUGGUGUUCCCUCAUGGGUCCUUACAUGGAAUCUUUUUGUUUUACAUGAUAAAAAAUCAUAACAUUGUUACUGUGACAUCACCUACACGUCUGUCCUCCAACAGAUCAUAAGUACAAACCAUUCAAAAUGCAUGUAUAAUUCAAUAUCAUACAAAACUAAACUGACUUGUUUAAUAGCUCUUUACAAUAUUUCAUAAAUAAUGCUGUUUUGAACUUCAGAAGCGUUGUCUUUUCCACUUGCAGCCUCUUUAUGGCUUUGGCUCCAAAGAAUUUAUUCCAUUCCGUUUUGCCAGUGGUGGAGGAAGAGAACUGUAUUAUUAUAAGGAUCCUGAAAUUGACUUAAAUGAAAUUGUGAGCUCACAGUUGCCGCGUAUUCCAGUGGAUGUAACCAUUAAAGGUACUUUGUUGUUGUAAGGUGCUGCAGCAAAUUGUUUAUAUGAUUGACAUGUAGUAUAGUAACAUGUAAAAAAUUUUCUUGGAUUGCUUUGGUUUUGCUUUUCUUUGCACUGUGAAAACUUACACCACCCUUAAGAUCAAUCAGAUGUGCAUCAAAACUGAAACUAACCUCUACUCAGUCACUACCAUUCUUCUGGGUCUGAGGCAGUUUGCUUGUUUUUACUUUAAGCAUUUGACCCCCCCCCCCCCCCCCCCCACAUGAGUGACCAGCACCUAAUUUCUCCUUACGUUAUCAGUCCUGAAUUAAACAUUAAGGCCACAAGAAAGAAUGAAGUGAUUACCAACUAGAGAAACUCGUGAUAGAUGAACAAAUUCUCUAUGCUAGCACCAUAGUGAGUGUGUAGAAAACAGUAUGUACAGUAUGGAUACCUAUGUUAGGGUGCAAAGUUAACGUAAUUGUCACUUCCAUGCAACCUUCUCCUUUGCUUUGAAUUACUGUUCUGAUUGUUUUGGUUUUGGUUUUGAGAUGCCCAAACAGAAAGCCUUCUACAGAUAAAUUUUAUAAAAUCAUGUUCUUUUUGGGAAAAACUGAAACACGGGGGGGUAUCUAAGGAUUAAGCUCUUGUUUGAGACAGGGUGCUGAAUUUUUAUGUAUCUUUUAUCUUUUAGCUCACUGGUUAAGUAUUGAUGGCCUCCAGCCUGCUAUUCCUGAAAAUCCCCCUCCAGGUAUCUAACUUUACUCAAAUCACAGGAGCAAAGUAAUUGUGAUAUCAAUAUCCUGAUCAGUAUUAGUAUAUCAUUAUGAAGGGAGCCUGUAGGAGCAUUUAAGGGUAUAAUUAGUAAACUUAAUGAAGUAUUAUUAUAAAUUGUACGAGUCAUACUUUAGAGUGAUGAAACUAAAGGAUUCAAACUGGAAAACUUUUCAUUAUUGGUCUGUUGGCUGAACCAUUAUUCCAAUGGAUUAUAACUCCUAACAGAUUUUCCUCUCUUAUAAUGAUAUGAUAAUUGAUUUUCUUUGCUUUCUCUCUUUAGUGCCUGUACAAGUUCAGGCAAAGGACAAUAGGGCUGUGUUAGCUGCAGCGUUACCCAAAGUAACUAAAACAAUCAAACCACAGGCACCAAAGGUGGCUGGAAAGGGAGCCAAACAAAGUGUUGGGAAAAAGAAUAACCAAAAUCUUAAUAAAGAGGAGGAAUCUGGAGACAAAAAUGAUAAGACAAAACCCCAAGUCACUCAUGAAUUAUCCAUGGUAAGUUUGUCAAUGAAAUUAGUGAUUGUAAGAUCAGCUGUGGCAGUGAACAGGUUAACACUUUCAGUGGCAGGUCUUGUUUUUAAUUAGCCUUUUCGUUUGUCGUAUAUUUUUUUUAUUAUUCUGUAGAAUGUGUUAGGAUGAGCAAACAAUAACCGUUAUUCUCUGAACCCAAGAGUGACUAGCUUCUAAUUUCUCCUUACAAUAUCACCCCUGAGUUGCACAUUAAAGAUAACAAGAAUAAAGGAAAUGAUCACUGACUAAAGAAGCUCUUGAUUGAUAAACAAAGUCUCCUUGUCAGUGCCAUAGGAAACGAUAGGAACAGUCCAGAGAAUAUGCAUACUGAUGUUAGGGUAUAGAGUGUUAACUCAUCUGCCUAGAAACUAGGUGUACUUGGAGAAGUGUUUUGGGAUAAAGUAGAGAACUUGACUACAUCAGCUAAAAACACUGAUUUAAAACCAAAUUCUCCUAUAGCUGUAUCAAGCUUUCAAGGCUUUGGGUGAAGCUAAUCCUAGCGCAGGGUUAAAUAUACUUCAACUGACUUGACUGGCUUGUUUUUUAGGAACAACAGCUAUACUAUAAGGAGAUCACAGAGGCUUGUGUGGGAUCCUGUGAAUCUAGAAGAGCGGUAAGUGAGAGGGGGGUGUUAACCUAUGAUGGAAUGACAUCUCAGCUAUUGGGAGAAGGAAAUUACUGUAUACUCCUGAUUGUUUUUAUGCCUGGGAAAUUGGGAUUAACUCUGUCAGUUUGAGCGAUUAGUUUGAGAGUAGACUUACCUUACUUUUCAUCAUUUAUCUCCAGGAAGCUCUACAAAGUUUAUCAACAGACCCAGGUCUCUAUCAAAUGUUACCAAGAUUCAGUACAUUUAUCUCUGAGGGGGUAAGUCUUCAUUGCACCUUUAACUUCCAAAAUCUGAUUUGAUCAAUUGUUCUUCCUUCUAGCUGUCAUUGAUUUCCAUGUGAAUAGUUAAAAAGAAUUUGGUGUUAUAUAGAGGAAACACUCUCUUGCUGAUACCUUUUUUUCAUAACUUAUUUAUUUGACAACAUAUUUGUAUCAUUUGGAGAAAUGAGAUUGUAAUCAUUUAGCUGAUGUUGAUCAAAAUGUAAACUAGAACAUUUGAUAUGUGAAAAUGUGUGUGGUAUUGAUAUCUCCAAUAACAGUUUUUGAAUGAGUAUAAGCUAGUGAAAAGCACUAAUAAUGGCUGCUCUUUGUAUCAAUUUAUCCUAGGUGAGAGUAAAUGUGGCACAAAAUAACUUAGUGUUAUUGAUCUAUCUGAUGCGUAUGGUGAAAGCUUUGUUGGAUAAUCCAACACUUUAUGUGGAGAAAUAUGUAAGUUAUUGGUUUGUCUUUCUGAAACCUUGAUAUAUUUUCAGUUUUGGGUUUCUUGGAUUGCAAAAUUUUCCCCCCUUUUUGUUGCUUUUGAUGAUGAUGAUGAUUAUUGUUAUUAUUAUUAUUAUUAUUAUUAUUAUUAUGAUCAUCAAGUUGUUUGUUUCUAACUCAACAGCUGCAUGAGUUAAUUCCAGCUGUAAUGACUUGUAUUGUGAGUAAACAACUUAGUACUAAUCCAGAAACUGACAAUCAUUGGGCACUUAGAGACUUUGGAUCAAGAGUUGUUGCACAAGUCUGCAGGUAAGGAAGAAAUUUGUUGUUUGAAAGAUGAUGUGAUGCAGUGAAUGACACACUCAGAGUCUUCCUAAUAGGAGUCAAACCUAAAACUUUCCCAUUUGUACAUACUUCAAGUGCUCUACCACUGACCUCAAGGAGACUUGUGGUAGGCUACAUUGUAGGCCAUUUAUUAAUGAGGGCAUGACCAGUCCAGAUUGACUAAACCCAAAUGGGAUUCAUUCUAGCAAAAACCUUAAGGUGUUAACUUUAUAAUUCAUAUAGUGUAGUACAUGAAAAAGUGUAGAAGUGAUUUAAUAUAAUUGCUUUGUUAAGGUGACUGGUAGCAGAAACAGUAACAAUAUUAGUUUUACAAUUUUUAAAACAAUGUAAAUGGGUCAGGAAAAAUUUCUGUUCUUCGUAGUUUUGUCCCUAAAAAGGUAUUCAACUUAGUUUUACUUUACUUUAAGUUUUUCCGAAGUAGCCUAAUGUUACUACAUGGUUUUUGUCUCAGGUCUUUUAAUUCCACUACAAAUAAUGUUCAAUCAAGGGUUACCAAAACUUACUGCAAGGUAAGUGCAAUCCCCCUCAGAUAAAAAAAAAAUAUUUUGGUUGUCAAAACAUUGUUGUGGAAGAUCUGUUGUUCACUUGUUUUAAAUCAGUUACUGUUGACACUUGUGUUUGUUCCUGCAGGCAUUACACCAAGAAAAAGCUUCAUUAUCAACUCAUUAUGGUGCUAUAACUGGGCUUGCAGAGCUGGGACAGGAGGUAUGUUCUUAACACUAAUCACGAGUAAAGAUAUCUUGCAGGGUGGGCUUGCAGAUAUCAGAGAAUACUUAUGUGUUAUGCAAAAUUCUGUGUUUCAAUUUUGAGAAUUCUUUCCUGAUACAUUACACUACUCUACAGUUACUGCAUUUCUUACAAAAACCCUGCCCUGGCAUGAGGUUUAUUCAAAUUUGUCAAUGUGAUAUAGCAUUCUCAUACUUCACUGUUAAGUGAUUUUGUUCUUCAAACUCUUCUGAUUUGAAAGGUGGUUAAGGUAUUUGUUGUUCCAAGACUCAAGAUUGAAAGUGCUUUGAUUAAAAAAGCUCAAGAAGGAAUCGACCCAGUGGAGAAGAAUGCUGCAGAAAACCUCAAGAAUCUACUGCUGGUAAUUUUUGAUGUGAACUUUGUAGUAAUUCUAAUUGUUACAAAAAAUCUCUUUCCAUUCCAUGAAUUGGUCUGGAACUUUAUAAAUGAGCCUAUAUAAUUUCUUGGAUCAGAUCACCUUUAACCUUUGACCACACCUGAUACAGUGACCUUCCUUUAUUUGAAUUUAUAUUAUUUUGCCACAAAACAUUUCAAGUAAGAAAUUUACAAUUCAAGAACUGCAGAGGAAUUUCAAUGUUAAAUUUAUUUUCAAAUCUGUCAAUAACUAGAAAAAGAAUUAAGUAAUGUAACAAGGAAACCCAAUAGAAGCUAGGAGCUUAAAAAAUUUGGGUUUCUCAGACCAAACAACAGAUAGCAUCCUGCAUAUGUUUCCCAUGGUGUCCCUCCCUCUUGUUUGAAUGUUUAAUUUGAUACAACUGACAUUGAUUUCUCUUUGUUCAUAGAAACACUGUCCUGCUUUGUUACUGAGAACUCGUCAUCCACCAGACUUGGCCGAUCAAUAUGAAAAAGAGUUUGGUAGUAUUGGACCUCUUCUUUGCACCAAAGUGUCACAGCUGCGGCAGAACAUGAGCGCCAUGAAGAAACCCUCCACAUUAACUGUGCGCACAGUAACUGGUGUCUUGACCAGUGGGAUUACAACUCCCACUACACCCUCUACACCUGGGGCAAGUCCAGUUAAAUUACUUACCCCAACUUCUGGUGGGACUUUCACCAUCUCUUUACAACCUGGUUUGAAAGUUGGUCUACCUACCACCCCUAGGGAUUCUAACCCCACCACUCCCACAUCAGCAGGGACUGUAACACUACCAGGGUUACUACCAACAGGAUUGACAAUCACAGGGCUACCAAAGCCAACUACCCCCACUAGUAACACACCAACACCUAGUGGCCCUGUGACAUAACAAUUAGCUACAACUCGCCUUUUUAAAAUGUACUUAUUUAAUAAGUAACUGUACAAAAUGAUGUCAUCCAAAAAAAUAAAACCCUGUCAAGGUUGCAGGUACAUUGUAGUUAGUUCAAAGUAUUUUAGCCCUGUA